AUGUCGUCAGCAAAGGGUCUCGCUCUUGUCACCGGUGCCAACGGCUUCAUCGGAUCCCGCACCGUCGAGGCGUUCCUCCUUGCCGGUUACUCCGUGCGCGCCGCCGUCCGGUCCCCAAACUCGGCGUCGGGCCUCCUCGGAGCACUUCCUUCGUAUGCCGCAUCCGGUCAGCUCUCCACAGCCAUCGUCCCCGACAUCACCGCACCGGGUGCAUUCGACGAGGCGGUCAAGGGCGUGGCCGCAGUCGCCCACCUCGCAAGCCCGGUCGACUUCUCCAACACGAAUGCCGAAGAGGUCCUGGGCACAGCCCUCAAAGGCACCCUUGGCAUCCUGGACUCGGCCGUCAAAGAGCCGGGGCUGAAGUCGUUCGUCUUCAUGUCCUCCAUCGUCGCCAAGGCUAUCAGCAAGAUUCUAUAA